GUGACCGACAGUUCGAGCAGCAUAGCGGCGACCUAUGAAAAAAUCUAGUAUUUGAUUCAUAAAACCUGCUGCCAGGCUUCAUUAAGUUUCUUAUUAACAGAUAUUGUAGAGCUUUUCAUGGCGCAUCGAAUGAGGUAUGAAUGAUUGGAGAUCAACUUUAGUUUCAGAGAAGAAAGUGAAAAGAAGUUCGCUUAGUAUAGCCUUGACCUAUCGCAAAGUCUAGUAUUAAAUUCAUAAAACAUGCUGUCAGGCUUCGUUAAGUGUACUAUUAACACAUAUUGUAGAGCUUUUCAAGACGCAUCGAAUGAUGUAUGAAUUAUUAGAGAUCAUCUUUAGUUUCAUAGAGAAAAGUAACCGAUGGUUCGAGUAGCAUAGCGGCGAUUUAUGAAAAAAUCUAGUAUCUGAUACAUAGCGGCCGCUGCCAAGCUUCGUUAAGUUUCUUAUUAACACAUGUUGUAGAGCUUUUCAUGGCGCAUCGAAUGAUGUAUUGCGCUGGACUUAAUCUAGUAUGGUUACUGAGAAAUGUUGAUUUUACAGUCAUACUGUUCCUUGAUUUCAAGUAGAUAAGCGUUCGGAAGGGUCGAAAUUAUCGAAUAUGAUAAUCGGAUGUGAUUCUGAUGAGGUUGAGACCGAUCAGAGGGGUUAUUGUUAGUGGGCCGAUUACCGUUCUUAUGCGUACUUAGCCUUUCAUCAGAGUUAACACGAAUUUCAGAGAAUCUUUUUAAAGGCAUUAAUAGCCGCGGAGAGAACAAGAAAAGCACAUGAUCUCUCAUAGAGUACAAGACCGAUUACCGAUCUUAUGCGUACUUCACCUUUUCUUAGCACUACCUGAUGCUUUGAUCUUAUUUUUAUCGCUGAUGCUUAUGAGUUAGCACAUUUCACCUUUCUGCAUCAUGUCCUGGAAGUGAAAGCCUGAUAAAACAUCUUACAAUAACUAGAUAACUGCAGGUCUUUAAGAUACAAAUAUCGAGAAAGAAAACUAUAAAUAACUUUUCGGAAAAGCGAAGAACAGCCAGGGAGCUUUACGCUUCAAAUUUGUCUAAGAUCAAAUGUCGAUCUAGAGAACUAAAAUCAAUACUCAGCAAUUAAUUCAAAGUAAAGUUUUUGUAUUGCGGAAGUGAAAAUCUAUUCCACCUAACUACCUAAAGGAAAUUUUUUUUCAGGGUAUUUACUGUAUGAUAAAAUAUAUGAAUAAAAAUCUGUACAGGAUAUUUUAGUUAGCUUCAUCCUCAUCGUUUCAUUCAGCCCACUCAAUAAUUUGACAUAGUCUUUAACGUCAGCACUCAUGAAGCUGGAAUAACAGAUAAAUUAAACGCAAUUCACAGAGUAGAUAUUCACACGUUGCAAAUAGCUGAAAUCUAAUCGACACCUUUACUAAAUCUUCUUUUUAAAUAAAUCUUAAGAAAAUCUUUAUGAACUUUUUGCUAAAUUCUUUCGCCGUUUGAUUUUUCUGCUUCUGUUCUUAUGUAAGAAAUAUCGUUCGCAGUACACGAUUCACAGGUUCGAUUUACACCAUGUUUGAAUCCAUGGCUGUUCAGACAGUUCAAACAGUUAUGAUGCUGUUUCUACGAUAUUCUAGAGCUCAUAGCUUUUGUACUGUUUGUGCAAUAUCGUAGAGCUUUACCAGUAGUGGCAUGGUCAAAAGACACAGUUCAAGAUUUCCUCAAGAUCUUGCGCUGAAAUCGGAAUUCUGGCUAACGCUAAUGCACUCUAUCACUCAGAAAUUUUCCCAAAUCUUAUCAAGAUCUGACUCGCAUUUGUCCCAGACAGAGUCUGCGACAAAUUUGCCGACAAUCUUGAUCUUCAGUAUCAUCCUAAUAUCUUGUCAAAUCUUGAUAAAUGUGCAUAAGACCUUCGAUUAACCGAGCAGAAAUUGAUGGAGCCUUUAAAGUUUUAUUAAGAUCAGCAUUCAGGAUCUUUUAUCUAGGAUAUAGGAUGCAUAUCGACCAAAAGUACAUUUUAUGUCUCGCCUAACUGUUUACUAAGAGAAAAAAGAGAUUUGCUCGAAUGAAAUUUCCUCGAAAGCGAUAUUCUCGAAAAUAAUUUCUUUGAAUGAAGUUUGCUCGAACAGAACUUCAUCAAAUGGAAACCUCCUCGAAUUUUCCAAACAGAAAUUAUCAAUAUUAUUUACAGUGUAUAGUACCUCCCUAAAUUUUCGGUUAUACAUGUUUGUACCGGUUUAUAAGACAAAAUAAGACUACAAUUCAUUUUAAAAGUCACUUUGAUACAUUGAUACAAAGACUAGAAAUAAGUAGUGAUAAGCGAUGAUCAAAAGGAAAACAGAUGACAAAAUAGCUAAAAUAAUCAAUUAUUAGAAUUAAUUAAGAUUUAGUUAAUUAAUAGAUUUCUAAAAAUAGAAUAAAAAAAGAAAUCAACGAAGAGACCGCAUGAUAAUCACACCUUAGACAAUGCGAUAUAUAAAUCUCUGUACAUUUAUACAUUUUACAGUUGAAACAAUCUAUUUUUACUAUAAACAUGGCAACUUUUUCUACAACUUCUAAAUCAAAACGCUUACUGAUUCAUGCUGGAUUUUCUUAUAUUCGCGGCAAAACGCAUAGCACCAAAAUUUGUUGGAAAUGUGAAGUAUCUCGCGAUUCAAAGAUUAAAAGUGAAGCUCGUAUUCAUACAGAUUUACUUAAUACCGUUAUUUUUGUGAACAAUAAAUCACAUUUACAUUCUGCAAAUGCUAUUAAGCUUGAAGUUCGUAAACGUUAUGAAGAUCUUCGUUAUCAUGCAAUAAACAGCAACGAACCACCAGCCAAUAUCGUUACAAAUUCAUUCAAAAAUUAUAAACAGAAGAAUGUAGCUGUAAAUGCCGGCCAAGAAGCAAAAGUUCAACAGAAACGUAAUGUCGAUCAUAAUAAACGUUUAAUAAAUCGAAUUAAUUAUUCUCAUCCCAAUAUAGAACAACAAAUAGCUGCUAUAACUCAUAAUAUCCAUUUAUAA